UAGAAGAUAAUCUAGAAAGUAAUAAUUUUAAAGACUUCUUAAUAAGAAUAAAAAAUGAAACUGAAAAAACUAUCAGUGAUGACAUGAUCCGUAUUUCUGACAAUAUGAUAAUUAAGUGGCAUGACGAAGAAUUUUUACAGACACUUAUAAA